AUGUCGAGUCACAAAUUCCCCGUCGAUCUGAAGCAGUUCAAGCAGCUGAAGCUGGAUCCUAAGAACAAGAGUCUCACCUCUGAGCAAAAGCAGGAUCUCUUGCACAACAUCAAUGUCUUCAGAGAUGCAAUCAUUGCCUUCACGGCAACUGGUGCUGCCCGUGGUGUCUCAGGCCACACAGGAGGCCCAUACGACACGGCACCAGAAGUCUGUGUCCUCCUCGCAUUCAUGAACGCAAAUCCCAAUGGAUUCUAUGACGCGAUCUUCGAUGAAGCCGGUCACCGAGUGGCCACACAAUACCUUCUAGCAGCCCUAGAUGGUAAGAUCGCUCCUGACCACCUCCUCAACUACCGCGACGCCGACUCCAAGCUUCCCGGUCACCCCGAACUCGGUCUCACACCCGGCGUUAAGUUCAGCUCCGGUCGUCUCGGCCAUAUGUGGGGUAUGGUCAACGGUAUCUCGAUGGCCAACAAGGAUAAGAGUGUGCUUAUGCUUGGCUCGGACGGAUCUCAGAUGGAAGGAAAUGAUGCUGAGGCGGCGCGGAUUGCCGUCGCAAGAAACCUGAAUGUUAAGGUUUUCGUUGAUAAUAAUGACGUUACUAUUGCCGGACAUCCGUCGCAAUAUCAGAAGGGCUACGAUGUUGGAAAAACACUGACUGGUCACGGUCUUCACGUUGUCCGGGCUGAGGGUGAGAACAUUGAUUCGCUGUAUGGUGCCAUGUGCGAGGUCAUCAACUACAAUGGUCCCGCCGCUGUCAUCGUGGAUCGGAUUAUGGCUACUGGCAUUGAGGGUAUCGAGGGUGAAACCCAUGCCCACGAUGUCAUUACUGUCGAUAUCGCCCGCAAGUACCUUACCAAGCGCGGUUACAGCAAGGAGCAGCUUGCCUUCUACGACGAGAUCAAGGGACGAUCCAACCCCCACAAGUACGAGGGCUCUACCAAGGAUAAGGGCGCCAACCGCUCUAUCUUCGGUGAAGCUGUCAACGGCAUUCUUGACGGUUUGAGCAAGGAGGAGGCCGCGCGCCGGGUCAUGGUUAUUGACUCCGAUCUUGCCGGCUCAACUGGACUGAAGGCCAUUCAAUCCAAGCACCCCGAAGUCUUCGUACCAUCAGGAGUCAUGGAGCGAGGUAACUUCUCCGCUGCUGCUGGUUUCGGCUUUGGAAGUGAUGGCACACGCCAGGGUGUCUUCUCCACCUUCUCCGCUUUCCUGGAGAUGUGCAUUUCAGAAAUCACCAUGGCACGUCUCAACGGCUGUACUGUGCUUUCCCACUUUUCGCACAGUGGUGUCGAUGAGAUGGCAGACAACACAUGCCACUUUGGCCUGAACCACUUCUUCGCCGAUAAUGGGUUGAUGGAUGCCGAGUCCACUUCUCUUUACUUCCCCGCCGAUGGUGAGCAGAUGACAGCCGUUGUGAACAAGGUGUUCUGGGACACUGGCAUGCGAUUCAUCUUCUCUACCCGCUCUAAGGUUCCCUACAUCCUCAAGGAGGGCACUGACGAGAAGCUCUAUGGAGGGGACUACAAGUUCGUGCCUGGUAAAGAGGAGACCAUUCGCAAGGGAACUGCAGGCUACAUCGUCUCUUACGGUGACAUGCUCUACCGGUCCUUAGAUGCUGUUGAGCGUCUGCGCAAAGACGGUCUGGAUGUUGGUUUGAUCAACAAGCCUACUCUCAACGUGGUUGACGAGGAAGCUAUCAAGCACUACGGAUCUUCUCCCUUCGUCCUGGUUGUUGAGUCUAUUGCUCAGAAGACCGGUCUUGGCUCGCGUCUUGGAACUCAUCUCCUGGAGCGCAAAUUGACUCCCAAGUUCAAGUCUAUCGGCGCUAUCAAGGAGGGCAGUGGUGGCUUGUACGAGCAGGUCAAUGCUCAGGGACUUGGUCCCGACGACAUUGUCGAAGCUGUAAAGAGCCUUGCGUAA